CGCAGCCGCAGCCGCAGCCGCCAGUGCCGGCGCCGCGUGCCGAGCCGGCCAACCCCUUCGACGAGCCAGAGGGGAGCAACCCGUUCCUGGAGCCGGAGGACAUGGACCAGGAGCAGGAGGAGGCGGCGGCCGCGGCCGCGGCGCCGGAGGCCAAGGAGUCUCCCCGCGACAAGCCGCGUAAGGAGAGCUCCAGCAAGAAGGAAAAGCUGGAGAAGAUGAUGUCGCCGUUGAAGAAGACGCCGCACAUCUUCCGCCAGCUCACCUCGAAGAAGGAGAAGGACUCGCUGGAGGCUUUGGAGAAGGACGCCGCGGGUGACGACAUGCCACCGAGCCCCACGGUGUCGCUGCUGCCGCUGUCGGACGGCCGCGAGAGGCGUGUGGUGGAGGGCGGCAACGAGCGCGGCCCGGCCUCGGCCGAGCCGUCCCGGCUGUCGCGCGACACUCUUCGCGCCUUCGACGGCCGCUCGCGCGACAGCCUGAUCGAGCAGGUGCUCGGUCUGCAGCAGGAGCUCAAGAAGGUCAAGGACGAACUGAAGAAGUCCAAGGCGCAGACAUCGGAUCUGGACGAGUACCUGGACACGCUGCUGCUGCGCGUCAUGGAGGCGCAACCGGACCUGCUGCAGAACCCGCUGCGCACGGCAGCUGGUGUGAAGUACGCCGGCCGGGCCUGCUGAGCCGGGAGGAGAUGACACACGCCGACGGCGGGGGUUCGGUGGGCUGCGCGUCCGCCGGUGUACCAUCCUCCCGUCUGAGGCUCGGCGGGUGACGGCCGCGCGACAGCUCACACGACUGGCGGCGGCCUCGUGCCACUCAGCUGGUGGUUAGGAUGGAGAUCUUGGUGUCAUGCAGCGAACAGUCCGGAUCAGUAACUUGGUGUCUGAAUCUUGAGAGACGCGUACCGCGAAAAAUCCCGCCUUCAGUUGUAGCCGGUGUUGUAGUAUUUCAGCCAGGUGUGAGACGGUGGGAAGUCUUGCCAGGAUGUCCAUCCCGGUGCUCCUACAGCUCCAACUGAGGGUCCUCUUAGUCCGCGCCGCUGCGCCCGGUAGUUUGUGUCGGACCGACGGUGGCGGUAAUGCCACAUUGCGCAUUCGUAUGGUCUUCCCAGUAAGGGUUUGGUCAGACUGCUCAAUGUCACCUGAGUCACUUACAUGUCAAUGGCGUCUUUCGCGGUACUGCUCUUCCCGGUGCACGAGUUGUUAUUUCUAGCCACGCACGGAACUUCAAGUGGUGGCCGACCUCGCGGUGGGCUUCGCCUUCGGUAAGACGCGCGGGCGGUGUGAAGUGAUCCGUGCCCGGGCAGCUACGCCGGAAUGGGGAACUGGCCCGAUGUUGGCCAGGAGGGGCGUUCGGCGUGUUGCGAGUGGGUAUGUUGCGGUACAUUAUUAUCAGAGCUGUCGCCCACUUACGCGCAGUACUUACAAGCUCAUCCAUAUGCGCGUGAAAGCUAUGCAUUUAUAUGGCACGUUACGGAAUGUUGGGCUCAUGUCGCGGCGUUUGCCUGCCUGGUCCGGCGGAGCUCGUCAGCCAGCGCUGCGGGGUCGGGCGACGCUGCCCUGCGGUGUGCAGUUGGUGCACCGGGCGCCGUCUCGUGUCCAAACCGUGGGCUGUGCAAAGUUUUCCAGGCUGCGUGCUCGUCCGUCCGUGUCUUCCAUCCGGGCCGGCUGUGUGGGCGGCGGCGGGCCGCCCUGCGUCGCGAGUGCCCUGGCAGGCACUCGCGUGGAGACGGGACGGCUGGAG